UCAUGUCCUGAGUGCGGGAAAUGUUUUUCGCAGAAGUCCAAUCUUUACAAACAUCAGAGAUCUCACACAGGGGAGAAGCCUUAUUCCUGUCCUGAGUGCGGGAAAUGUUUUUCAGACAAGAAAUCCAAUCUUUACGCACAUCAGAGAUCUCACACAGGGGAGAAGCCGUAUUCCUGUCCUGAGUGUGGGAAAUGUUUUUCAGCAAAAUCCAAUCUUUACACACAUCACAGAUUGCACACGGGGGAGAAACCAUUUUCCUGUCCUGAGUGCGGGAAAUGUUUUUCAAGGAAGUCAAUUCUUUACAGACAUCAGAGAUCUCACACGGGGGAGAAGCUGUUUUCUUGUUCUGAGUGCGGGAAAUGUUUUUCAGUGAAGUCUGAUCUUUACACACAUCAGAGAUCUCACACGGGGGAGAAGCCACUUUCCUGUCUUGAGUGCGGGAAGGGUUUCCAUUAUAAAUCCCAUCUUAAUUUGCAUAUAAAAUCUCACACAGGGGAGAAGCCACAUUCCUGUCCUGAGUGUGGGAAAUGUUUUUCAGCUAGGUCCAGUCUGUACAAACAUCUGAGAUCUCACACAGGAGAGAAGCCAUAUUUCUGUUCUGAAUGUGGGAAAUGUUUUUCAGAUAAGUCUAACCUUUAUCAUCAUAAGAGAUUGCACAUGGGGAAGAAGCUGUAUUCCUGUUCUCAGUGUGGGAAAUGUUUUAUAGAAAAAUCAAAACUUGUUGGACAUCAGAAGUCUCAUGCGGUUGAAAAGCCAUAUUCCUGUCCUGAGUGCGGGAAAUCUUUUUCAAGGAAGGCUAAUCUUUACACACAUCAGAGAUCUCACACAGGUGAAAAGCCGUUUUUCUGUCCUGAGUGCGGGAAAAGUUUUUCACAUAAAUCCAAUCUGUACGCACAUCACAGAUUACACACGGGGGAAAAGCCAUAUUGCUGCCCUGAAUGCGGGAAAAGUUUUUCACAAAAAUCUAGUCUGUACAAACAUCAGAGAUCUCACACAGGGGAGAAGCCAUAUUCCUGUUCUAAGUGUGGGAAAUGUUUUGUAGAAAAAUCAAAACUUGUCGGACAUCAGAAGUCUCAUGCGGUUGAAAAGCCAUAUUCCUGUCCUCUGUGUGGGAAAAUUUUUUCAAGGAAGGCUAAUCUUUACACACAUCAGAGAUCUCAUACAGGUGAAAAGCCACACUCCUGUUCUGAGUGCGGGAAAAGUUUUUCACAUAAAUUUAAUCUUUACACACAUCAGAGAUUGCACACGGGGGAGAAGCCUUAUUCCUGCCUUGAGUGCGGGAAAUGUUUUUCAAGGAAGUCCCAACUUUACAUACAUCAGAGAUCUCACACUGGUGAAAAGCCGUAUUCCUGUACUUUGUGCGGGAAAUGUUUUACACAGAAGUCUAAUCUUUACAUACAUCAGAGAACUCAUACUGGGGAGAAACCGUAUGCCUGUCCUGAGUGUGGGAAAUGUUUUUCAGACAGGUCCAGUCUUUGUAAACAAAAAGAUCUCACACGGGGGAGAAGCCACUUUCCUAUCCUGAGUGCGGGAAAAUGUUUUUCAGUGAAGUCCAGUCUGCACAAACAUCAGAAAUCUCACACAGGGGAGAAGCCAUAUUCCUGUCCUGAGUGA